GUUUAUUUUGAGUAGGAGAACCAAAUUGUGUUUGUAAAUGUGGUGUUCAUGUCAUGUUGUUAGCGUAGGGUGUAAGAAGUUGUAAAAUUUAAGAAUUAUAUAAUUUGAAAAGUCAUAUCAUUUUUUGUUAUUAAUUUUAUUUAAAAGUAGUGUGAGUGACAGUUUUUAAUAAGUAUUUUUUCGAACUUCGAUAUAUUAUAUUAUUGUUUUUGAUAAGCAAAAACAGGCUAGAGAGAUAGAGAAAGAGAGGAUUUUGAAAAAAUGUGGAUAAAACAAGUAAUAUCUUAAUAUAGCUGUGCAAUGGAAUCCGAAGAUGCACUGAAAUAUUAUUUGGAUGAAGUGAAAGAUACUCAAAAUGAUAUACAUCAUAUAGAAGAAGAAAUUCGCAUACCCAACGAAGCAGAACAAGCGACUGACUUCCUUCAAAAUGCCGGUCUUGCUGAUCUCUCCAGACUUUACCAACAAGGUAAAGAAAUAACCGAAAAUGUUAUCAAAGACUCCGUAAGACAAAGGAAUCUGAGCGAAAAACAGGCCCAGACGAUAAGGUCUCGCGUCAGAAUUCUAAAUCAAACUUUGAGAAGUCGACAGCCACGUAGGAAACAAAGACAGGACAUCAGAGACAUAUCAUGGAAUGCAGAGACUUCAAGUACGGGGACCAGGUCCAGAUCUGCCACUCCGGAUUCACUAGAUUCACUCGACGCCUUAAACGAUGAACUUACAUAUGAUGAUGACCAACAACUGACCUCCUUACCCCCAUUCCCUCUGGAUCUUCAACAAACAGGCACAAAAAAGAAAAUAAAAUCGACAAACAGUGAGCCCUUGCAGAGUAAAAAAUUUUACAGAAAUGAUAGGUGUGAUGUUGCCCAUUUAGGUUCUGAAAAUGUAGUUUUAAAAGGUUACCAAGUCUUAAGUGAAAAUGGAACGUUACCAAGAUCUCCUCGAGAAAGAAGUGGUAGCGAUCCCACCACUGAAAUUCACUUCCAACCCUUAAAACAAAGAAACUCAGCAGAUGUUUUAAGGGAUAGACCAAAUAAUCUCCAUAGUCCUUUAUCUCGAAGUCAUACCAACAUAUCGACUAAUUGUAGUAAAGUUUAUUUGAACCGAAGCGAUGAAAAUGAAAUCCAAGCUGUAAGUUUCGAAGGGAUGCUCAAAAAAGAUGAUAGCCAAGAGAAUACUGUGAUUACUGAAAAAUGGGAUAAUGAAGGAUUGAAUAUUGAUCAAUUAAGUGAUAGUGAAUACCAGUAUUUGAAACCUCUGUUGUAUAUGGAGUUAGUUGCCAUAUUUGAUCAUUAUAAGAUUGUUAAAAGUUACUUAAAACGCAAGGCCAGUAAAAAUAAAGGUGGUGGAAAUGUGUUUGGUGUGAAUCUUUCGACAUUGGUAAUGCGAGAUAUGCCUCGACCAAAUGAUAAUUGCAUGGUUCCGGAAAUAUUUCAAACUGUUAUCAAGCAUUUGACAACCCGAUGUAUAAAAGACGACGGUAUUCUGCGAAUCGCAAGCCAAAAGAUGAAACUGGAAACGUUGUGCAACGAAAUAGAAUCUAAAUUUUAUACAAACAGAAAAGAAGUCGAGAAUCUGCUGGGACAAGCGACUGUUCACGAACUGACAGGAGUACUUAAGAAACUAUUGAGAGAUUUGCCCGACCCAAUUUUUACAGUGGAACUAUUUGAAAUGUUUUAUAAAACUAGCGAAAUUACCGAUGCAGAACACAAAUUAAAGGCUCUAAAUUUACUAGUAUUGAUGCUUCCUAUAGAGCACCGAAAUACUUAUCGAUUAUUACUCAAUUUCUUUCGUAACAUUAUUGAUAAUGAAAAACACAAUCGAAUGAAUUUACACAAUGUUGCAAUGAUCACCGCUCCUUCAUUAUUUCCCCCAAGACUGCUAUUACCUAAAGAGAAUACUAAGUUAAUUUUGAAACAAUUAUCGAAGGACGAUUUGACGAAACAAAUAAAAGAUGCUGCAUUGUGCUGCCUCCUAAUGGAAACCAUGUUAACAGCUGGCGAUCAGCUCUGGACUGUACCUAAGUAUUUAGCAGAUCAAGCAAAAGAAGCACAGAAAAGAGCACAAGUCAAAAAGGAUAUGAGUAAAGAUCAAGAUAAGAGAAUUGUACGUUACAUCAUUGAAGCAAUUUUGUGCGGGUUUUGUGGUUUGGGAAGUAGAGGUGACGGAAUAAGUAAAGAAUCAUUGUGUUAUUUGUUAUAUUUCCAACUAACUCUAUAUUUAAUUAUUUAGUUUGCAAUAUUACUCAUCAUCUAGUUGAAGUUUAAUCAAAAUCUAUUUACUAUAAUAUAUUACUUGGCUGAAUAGAGGUUUGCGAUGCUUUAGAAGUUGCGUUAAUUAGGACUGUUCGCCGAUAAAAUUAUAUUUCGCUCAUAUUUUUUAAAUAUUCGAAACAUUUCUCCUACAAUAGUUACUGAAACCUUAUUAUCUGUUCAUUUUAAGGGAUCCUCUUUGAUCUUAUGGAAUUGCUUCUUCAUAAAAUUGAUUUUUCCAUACUGAAGACACUAUUUACCUCUACUAUUAUCAGAGGGUUCCUUCCAUAGGUUUAUAUCCGGCUCAAAGGACAAAUGUAGUAUAAUUGUGAAUAUUGGUAUGGUGGUAGUAAACAGUAUGUAAAAUUGAGUGUUAUAUUAAGUUACAACUUAAACCACUGGCUUCAUUCAUACUGAACACAUUUUUAUAACUACACUAAUAUUCACACUGUCUCCUCCUCCGAGGCUUUGGUAGAUUUAUUCCUGCUCGAAGGACCAGUUUAUGUAGUAGUGUAAUUAUAUUAUUAGUGUGUCUAGUAUGAAUGUAACAAAUAAUUCCAGGAGUUAAUUAAUAAAAUAUGAUAAUAAGGAGUAGCAUCAAAACAACAUUAAUGAACAGAGAAAUAAUCCCAUUAAAAGGUACAAGGUCUGUUCGAAAACAAAGAAACAUUCUGGGAGUUUCAGACAAACAUUUUAAGCGGAAUUUAAAUGGGAGAUGUGCCCAGAACAAUAUUAAUAAGAAAUAUGAAAGUCAUAAUGAUAAUAAUGUUGGAUAACCAAGCAUCUCUUCUGUUAUCAGUUUCAAAACAGUUUAAGAAUGCUUGGACAAACUUAAUUAACUGAAUAGUGAAUGUGAAUACUCUGUUGUAGAUAUCAGAACAUAUUGAAGUAAAAGGAAAUGAUAUAGCUGAUUAACUACCAAAAUAUAUACUUAAACGCCCUUUUUAGAGCCAAAACCUUUUUGUUGAAUCAGCACUGAUACAAUAUUAAAGAAAAUUGGAAAAUAAAAAACUAAGAAACAAGAUUUUAUCCUACUUGAAUAAUACAGUAGGAUGAAAACACUACUGGAUAAUUACCACCAAAAGAGAUCGGAAGAUUUAAAUCUGUAAUGUAAAAUGUAAAUCUGCACUAAUAGGGUAGUUGCAUUUUUUAAAAAACGAUUUUCAUUAGUUUUCAUUUGUGACGUCAUAGGUUUAAUAGAAACAUUGAGCAGUUGUCUGCUUGAUAAUCACGAGGUUAUCGUUGCCGGCAACUUAACAUGUGCUGUUAUUAUACAGUUAAUACUUAUUAGAUACGUAUUAAUAAAAUAUUUUUCUAUAUAUUAUGAAUAAACCUUUAAUCGGUUAAGUUCUUACAUUAUUAUGUUAUCACGUUAAAAAUUGUAUAUUGUUGUAAAUUCCAAUUUCUUCUUAUUAUAAAAAAAUUUAUCAAAACCAAAGUUUAAUAAGAAAGCUUAUUAAGAAUAACCGAGAGAAUAAUUGUCGUAUUUACUUUAUAUCAUAUGUUCAGUGUUCAUUUUACACCUAUGACGUCACGAAAUAUGGCGGCCUUACUGAAAUGUUUAAACUACCUACAAAACUUUUGAUUUUCAAUAAUUUUUUUUCUCUAAAUAUCGAUCAAAUAAUUUAAAGAAAAAUGAUAAUAAAAGUUGUAUAUAAACUAUCCAAAACUAUUUUUUUCUCAAAUCAAGCAAGUACCCUAUUGUUUUAAUAGUUCUCAAGAACAUUGUCACUUAGAUAGACAUCUCAUGAAAUUCAAACUAGUGGACGAAGACACAUAUAGAUUAAGUAGGCUAGAAGUAGAAAUAUUUAUUCAUAUACUUGCUGAUUGCAAGUCAUUACAGAAUCUUAGGAAGCAUAUUGCAUAAGGCAGGAAGACUAACCUUGAUUAAAAGCUAUUGAAUUAUCAGGAUAUAAAGAACUAUUAGUUCCAGAGACAGUACUGGAAAACUACGUGGACGAAGUCGUACAAUAUAUCUCUCAAUGAAACUUUGACCAAUGAAGUAUACAAGGGAUCCGAAAAUUCCCAUUUUAAAUUAUUAAUUCUAAUCAACAAUAACUGGUGAAAUGAUUUUAUGUACUCUAAGACUAUGGUGUAAAUGUGUGUUACCAUUUGCAAGUCUGAUUACUUUGUAAGGUUUUUGUUAAAUUUAUUUUCAGUCUUCUCAAUAUCCUAAAAGUCCUAAAAGUGUACAAGCUUCUUAUUUAUUUAACAGUUCGUGAUGGCAAAACUAGAUCUUUGUGUGAGCGGUUUUUAGCUAUGUUUCAUUUGAUAGUGAGCUUUAUUAAGUAUAUGCUUAUAUUUUUUUAUUUGUAUCUAUAUUUAGUUCUUUUUCUGUUUGUUUUUUAACUUUUACAAGCUUUUGUCUACAAAUUAUAACAAUUUUUUGACAAUAAAGCAUUUUUCUCUUUCUUUCCGCUUUUUAACUGUACUUCUAUGUAAUUCCUGUGUACAUGACUGACUUGAUAGUUACACAAACAUACGAAGAAUGCUGAAAUAGAAAAUAUUUUUCUUCAUUGUUCUCUAACAACCCUUAUAGUAAAUGAGCAUUGCAAUUUAUCCAAUAUAUUUUGUUUUAGCGUUCUGGUAAAACUAAAUUGGUGAGAAGCAGUACUCAAUACGAACCCGGUGCUAUGAAUUUACCGAGAUUAAAGCGAGACUUCUUCAGUUAGUUAUUAAAUUUUUGAAAGUAACUCAUUCCAAUGUGUACCUACAUUUUUUAACAGUUGGUGCCUCAUUAAUACAAAUUAAUAAACGUGUUGUGAUUAACUAUUUACACAAUAAUUUAUACAAUGAAUACCUGUGCCAAAAAUACAAAUAUGUUUUUAUAAAAGGAGACUUUAUUUUUUUUUCAAAUAAAGGUUCUAUUUUA